AUGGGUAAACAAAAAGGCGGUAAUUUUAAAGGUAAAAAAUAUCAACGAUCUAAACAAGACGGUGGUUUUUUGCUACCCAUACUUUUGGGUAAUGUAUUAAGACCUCAAAGACAACGUCGAGCACCCGCAAGGCACUACCCACCACCUCAAUAUUAUACACAAACGCCCAUAAGAAGAAAAAGAAAGAGAAAAACACAACAAGGUGGAAUCGUAAAAGGAGAAUGGGGCCCACACAAUUUAGGAGGUCUAGUGCAAAUUACUCCAAAAAUGAUUCAGAGAAGACAAAAAG